CGCCUUGCAUCUUGCAACGGCUCUCCCACGGCUCUUCUUCGAGAACAAAAAGGGGUCCCGGGCUCCGGGGACUGCAAGCCUUUCGUUCCUCGGAGUUCUUGGCGUCUUCUUUUCGGCCUCCCGCGAACCGCCAUCCACCAAACCUAGCACCAAUGCAAGUCCCCAACUCCCAAUCCCACAGUGCAUCCAUGCCUCCCAUGUUUGUGGCUAGGGGGUGGGCGAACCUCACCAUCAACGUGGUGAUCGAGAUGGUGAACCGCCUCCCGUGCGCAAUGGACCGCGCACGGAUGACCGCCGUCUGCCAGGCGUGGCUCGCGGCGAUCGCGCAUGCCCAGCCUUUGCCGUUUCAGCUCCCGUCGCUCCUCCUCCCGCCCGCGGACGUGACUGACGUCUACUGCUACCUCAGCGGCGGCUGCCGCGACCACAGCAUGUUGCCCGGGCCCCGCCACUUCGGCUCGUACGACGGCGGCUGGAUCUUCUUCGCCUACGGCCAGACUAGCGUGCACCGGAUGAUCAACAUCCGCACCAGAGAGAGACGCGCGCUACCCGACAUGAUCGAGGGUCUCGCCGCACACGGAACCCCCAGCAUGGUCAUCCUCGCCGCCACCCUCUCGUUCCCGCCUGAUCACCCGAAAUGCGUCGCUGCGGGCAUCGUCACCUACAAGCCGCACCUCCUCGAGGCGCCGCGCCGACGCCACUUCGCGUUCUGGUGCCUAGGGAGUAAGGUGGCCACGUGCGACGUGGCCGUGCCUGCGCCAGUUGGGCCGGCUUGGCAACAGGAGGACGUCGUGUACUACCGUGACUCCUUCCAUUUCCUCACCCGAGGUGGGCAUAUCAUCGUGUGCACACCGAUCGUUCGUGAUGGGGUUCUCCUGAGAGUGCUGUCGGAGUUAAUGCGCUUCGAGCAAGGGGGGUACAAUAACCAGCAGUUCGUUCGCGCUCGCUACCUCGUGUCAUCCCGCGGGGAACUGCUGAUGGUCGUCAGGCUCGCUGCCCACCAUCGCGCGCUGACGUCGUCGUUCAAGGUAUUCCGGAUGACCGUAAUCACUAGGGCUAGGACCUGGAUCGAGGAGGUUGCAUUGUGUGGCCGAAUGCUGUUCGUGGGGCGAGGAUGCUCCAGGUCCUACGAGGUGAGUCAGUACCCAGGGUUCAAGGACGGCAUCUUCUUCUUGGAUGAUCGGAGCUUCUACGACGUCGAGAUGAUGUUCGGCAGAAUCAAUGAGAGGCUGUACCCCUGCAGCGACAACGGCAGGUGGUCGCCGGCGGAAGGGCUGUCUCGCCAUGUCGACCUCUUCUUCCCGGAGCGAGUUCCUUCUUUGAACUCUCCUCCGGCUUGGCUUCUGCCUUGAGACGGCAAGUUUGUAGCUACGAAAUAUAUCUGUUAUGUUUGACUGUGAUAAAUGAUGUGUGUUCCUCUUGCGGUAAUUGCUGGUUCUGUUAACAGUGAAACGAUAGCUGAAACUGUAGCGUUCCAGCUGUUCUGUACUUUGUGCUACUCUUAUUGGUUUACGUACAUAUAUGUGCAGAA